AUGGAUCCUAACAAUUUGCCCCCGAACAUCGAGAGUGUCUCCGCUGCCUUCAACAGAAUAGCAGAGGACGUGAACACUAUCAACGAAGAGAUCCCGCGUCUUGCUAAUAUAGAGCCCAUCCAGCAAGCCGGGCAAAUUCAGACCACUCUUGCGCAGCACAGCCAACUAUUUCAACGGAUCCUAGACCGCCUAGACCAACAAUCCAAUAACUUCCAGGAGACCUCACGCCGCCUGACCGUCAUAGAAAGCACCCUAGACCAACAAUCACGCCGCCUGACCGUCAUAGAAAGCACCCUAGACCAACAAUCACGCCGCCUGACCAUCAUAGAAAGCACCCUAGACCAACUGGCCAAUAACUUCCAGGAGACCUCACGCCGCCUGACCGCCAUAGAAAACACCCAAAUUCGGAAUUCAAAUUCACAACGCCUUCACUACGAUAGUUUAGCCAUCAUUUCUCCGCUUCUAGACCCCGAAACAGGAGUCGCUAUACGAAACUGCCCAAAUACAAUUGCUGCUAUUUACACAUUAUCUGCGCACCGAGCAACGCGCAUCCUAGGUAUCCUUCAGGUCCCUAUACCCGCCUCUUUAGAAGCAAAGAGAGAGGCUGUACGGUUCCAAUUCAUCUAG